UUUCCCACUUUAUUUAUUGCUUAGCAGACAAAUUAGAAAAAGUUUAAUAUGAUGCUCUAAACCCAUCUCAUCCAUUUUUAGCUUCCACAUACAAUAAGCUUUCCUAUUCUAAUCUCCACUGUUUCAAAUCAGUACAGUACAUGUACAUAGAUUUUGAGCCUCAGGAUCUCUCUCAACAGCUCUCCUUUAUUACAGUGCUCACCGGAGAUCAUUUCCGGCUAAUCGGAAUUCAAGCCAGGCUUGAAGUUAAGAAAGAAGUGAUUUUGAGAUGUGGGUAUUCUUAAAUAUGGUGUUUCUUUAUCUGGGUUUUGGUCAGAAGUUGAUUAUAGAUAGCUGUUAGGUGGGGUCACAAAAAUUCAAGAUUGACUGGUGGAUGUAAGAUAAUAAAGCUUUGAAGUUGAAACCCUAGAUAUAUCUUUACCCCCAAUAAUUGUGCAACUUAAAUGCUGUAUACUUUUGUUUGGUAGCUUUCAAGAAUACUUGUCAUGCCUGAAAUUAUAGAUAGCUCUGCUGCCGUGAAUGAUACAACUGCUUCUGGUGAUGCUAGUGUAUUGUCUUCAGGUGAUCAAAUGCCUCCCCCGAAAGCCGAGAAGAAGAAGCGGAAUUUACCUGGAAUGCCUGAUCCUGAUGCAGAGGUUAUUGCUUUGUCACCAAAGACUUUGAUGGCUACAAAUCGGUUUGUCUGUGAAAUUUGUAAUAAAGGGUUUCAGCGUGAUCAGAAUUUGCAGCUUCACAGAAGGGGACAUAAUCUUCCAUGGAAGUUAAGGCAGAGGUCAAGUAAAGAGAUUCGUAAGCGAGUCUAUGUUUGUCCUGAGGAGUCAUGUAUUCAUCACGAUCCUUCUCGAGCAUUGGGUGAUCUUACGGGGAUAAAGAAGCAUUAUUUUAGGAAGCACGGUGAGAAGAAGUGGAAAUGUGAAAAAUGCUCGAAGAAGUAUGCUGUUCAAUCUGAUUGGAAAGCUCACUCGAAGAUUUGUGGAACCAGAGAGUAUAAAUGUGACUGUGGGACUUUGUUUUCUAGAAGAGAUAGUUUCAUCACGCACAGGGCAUUCUGCGAUGCUUUAGCUGUGGAGAGUGCUAAAGAACCAGUUGCACCUCCCAGCGUGGAAGAAGAACCUGAACCUCAAACUGUUGAUGCAUCACCACCAUCGCCGCUGCCGCCGCAGCAGCCGUCAUCCCCGCCUUCAGUUCCCACCUCAAGUGCUGCGACAUCUAUGGGUUUGCCUGAUCAAACUGCAGCUAUCGAUUCAGCACAGUUACAAGAAAAUCCUGUUUCGAAAUCAACACAGAUCUUAGAUGAUACACCGACAGUGGUUCAGGUGGCAAGCUUGACUGGAAGCUGUAGCAGUAUUAGCAGUUCAAGCAGCAAUGGGAGUACAAGAAGUACCGUUUUCGCCAGCUUGUUUGCUUCAUCUACAGCGUCUGGAAGUAUGCAGUCUCAAGCAACUGGAUUUACUGAUUUUAUUCAUGCUACGGCUCAAGCUGAUCCUAUGCAUGAUAUGGGACCAUCCUUAUCAAUAGAACCAACUUCCCUUAGCCUCGCGACCAAUCACGGGUCAUCCAUCUUUGGGACUGCAGGGCAAGAGUGUCGGCAGUAUGCCCUGCCACCACAACCAGCAAUGUCUGCAACUGCAUUACUGCAGAAAGCAGCUCAAAUGGGUGCAACCGCCACAAAUGCAUCCUUACUCAGGGGGCUUGGAGUUGUUUCUUCUUCAUCUUCCGCUGGGCAGCAACACUGGAAUGGACAACAAUUUGAGUCGGGGAGUGCAUCAUUGGCUGCAGGACUAGGACUUGGUCUGCCAUAUGAUGGAGGAUCAGGUUUAAAAGAAUUAAUGAUGGGAACUCCAUCUGUAUUUGAUCCGAAGUACACUACUCUUGAUCUACUGGGGUUGGGAAUGGCUGCUGGUGGUGGACCAACUGGUGAGCUAUCGGCUCUGAUGACAUCUAUUGGUGGUGGCCUUGAUGCAUCAACUUCAUUUGGAACUGCAGAAUAUUCAGGAGAAAAAUAUGGGAGGAGCUCCUGACAAAACUGAGAAUUGAUCAAAGUGGCAAAAUGCAUCAGUGAUUUGCACUUUGGAUCAUGAAAUAGCACAACUAGAUUUGGUAAGAUAUUUCAUUUCAUGAUAAUGCCUUGAAUCAAAGCGAGCACAGAGCCGGUUGAGUCAUUUUAAGUUCUUCACCGGGGGAUCAUGUUAUUGUAGAAGUUUAUUCCAAUUAGUUUUUCUUACUUUAUGUAACGUUGUGCCACUUGAUGCAGUUCUACUAUACAAAAUUGGUUGCGAGCUUUAGAUAUUACCAUAAACAUAAGCAAUACUUAUGUAUGAUCUGUAAUCUCUGUAUGCAAGUUCUUUCUGUAUAUACAAAAGUUCUGGUAUUGAUGACUA